AGGAGGCGAAUAUAAAGGAUGAUUGUUUGUCACAUCAAAUUAUGGCCUAAAGGAUCUCAAUCAAGUCACCAUGAUGCAGUUUUUUACUUGUGAGUCAGUAGCUGCAUUGUCUGUUGUCCUAGGAGCUGUUCUUAGUUCACCUCCUGGCACCUACUUUGAUUGUGAGAAGUACCCGGAAAGUCAAUAUCAGUGGGACCAGAUAGAUAGGACAAGAAGGAUAUGCACACGGGGGACCGAAGACGGUGAAGACUUUAUUUACUGUAGGCACUGGGAGUGUGAAAAACUAGAGUGUCCUGAAGAUGAACAGAUUACAAGGAACGAUGGAUGCAAAUCAUGUCCAGGAUUUUGCUCGUCAGGUGGAAAGAAUUACCCGUUAGGUAAAAGUUUUAGGUGUGCAGAUAACGUCAACACUUGCAGAUGUUUGAAUUUUGGACUGGUGAGCACACGCAUGGGAUACUUUCCCGAGAGUCUGUGUAAUGCUACAACGAUCAACCAAUAAAACAAACAUGAAGCAAUGUUUUUCGUAUCAUUUAUGGGGACUUGGACACGAUUUAAAAUCAAAACUUGUAUUUUCAUUUUUUAUGUGUAAAAGGGUUUACUUUUGCAUUUUAAAUGAUCAACCAAAAUAUUGAAUGUUAAAGUCAAGUGACAAUCGAGAUACAGGGGUAAUAAUUGAUUGUUAUGCAAACAAAGCUCGAGUCUUAUAGUUGUUUACAAAAAAAUGCAAUGUAGAGAAUUGCCAUUUCUUAGUCAAAAUGACAUGUAACAUUUUUUUAAACCAAUUCAAUAUCUCCAUAAAUACUAUUAUCAACAAAAGAAGGAAACAUUUCAUUUACACUUACUCCAAUACAACACACAUGUGAAAAUCACAAUAUUCGAGCUUUGUUUAUAUAACAAAGAAUUAUGAUCUCUGUAUCUUGCUUAUAAUUUGAUAUUUGACUUUCAAAUUUUUAUAUACAUGUAGCAUUAUAAACUUCUAUAUUUAUCAU